AUGGACUCUCCCCAUGGAGGUCAGGACGACAGCCCGGUCGAGAAACUCCCGGCGCAGUGUCCCCUUCAUUUGGUCUUCCCAGACGUGGUCCGAUGUGACUCCUGUAAGGAGAAUUGCAAAGAUCUGCCGGACGAAGGCAAGGCCCCUCUGCCUGGGCUGAAGCAGCCGUUUCCAGUCACUGCGCUGCAGAGCAACACCCGGCUUGACGUCAUGGAGCACCAGUCCCCUGACGGCAUGCUGGAGAAGUAUCAACGGUUUGAGGACGAGCAUGGCAAGUACAAGUUUGCCAGAAGUCGUCAACAGGAUGCGUUGGAGGUGGAGAGGCGCAAGCUUCAGCUCCAGCGUGAGCGAACCAACAAAGCAAAGCACGAAGCCGACCAUGCUGCCCAAGAUGUCCAGUGGCAGAUCGCAGAUGCGGAACGAUCGGUGGAGGAGAUGCGAAGCCGUCGGGAUGCAGACAUGCAGGCAUUAGAAGUUCACGUGCGGCAGGCAGACAUCAUGCUCGAAGAGGCACAGCGGGAAGCACGAAAGCGAUUGGAAGAAGCCCAGGGGCUGAAGUUGGCGGAGGAGGCCCAUGUGGUAUCGGCCGCCCAAUUGCUGAAUACUGCCUGUGAGAGGAGCCAAGCGGCGGAAGAACGAUACCAAAAGUUGAAGGAAGAGUCCCAAGCACGACUUGCAGCUCGUGCCCAAGCCCUGGCGGAGGCCGAGCUGGCCGUGGCUGCCCAGGAGGAGGAAGCGAAGCAGAAAGCCGCCGAGUACCUGCAGGACGUGAAGGAGCAAUGUGAGGCGCAGCUGGAAGCUUUGCGUGCGCAAGCUGCUGAAAUCAAAGAGGCUGUUUCCCAGCGCUUGCCGAUGGAGUCCAGGAGAACAGCUGCCGCCAAGGAGGCAACAGAAACCCGCCGGCACGAUGCCCGAGAACGAUUGCAGAAAGAGCGUCAAACGGCUGGCGUACACACCACAGUGAUGGAGGAAGACUGCACCUGCAUGGUCCGGCGUGUAGAGCUGCGAGAAGAAGCAACUCGCAGGCGCUUGGAGGAGUUCACCGAAGGCCCAGUCACUGCGCUGGAGCGGACUGCGCAGCUUUGGCAUGGACAGAGCGACCGCAAAUCGGUCUGCGACAAGGUCAGCUUGGAGCAGACAGCGUGGGUGCUGGGCCACCACUUCAAGUCAAGGCCCAGGGCUUUGCCCGCGUACAUCCCAGUAGGCAUCCGUGUGCAUAUGGCGUAUGCCAGCUGGUGCAGGUGGAACUACACGCCCUCCGUGGACGACAAAGUCACCAACAUCCUUCAAGGAUUUACGAAACUCACUGCCCACUUGAUGCUUUGUUUUGCGUUUUUCCCCAUACAGCAACUCUUGCUACCAGCAUCCGGAGUGCUAGAGCUCAUGGCUUUCGUGCAGCCUUGUUUCCCCGUAUUGGAGACCCGAAUCGUCAACCGCGGCAGGCACCAGCAGUUUGCAGAUGAUCUUCUUCCUUCCAGGCUGCGCAAGCUGCGGGUAGAGUUGCGCUCGAAUCUGGACGACCGGAAAUCCUCCAAUGUGAUUGAGGACAUCCGGCCGACGGGCUCACCCAGCCCUGAGGCUACUAUCGAGGCGCUCCUUGCAAAUGGCCAGACAGAAGAUGCCCACGCGCUGGUGGAGGAGAUGGUGACAAAUACAGUGACUCCCUCGAGCUCUUCAUAUGGUCGUGUGAUCCACACGUGCUCAAAGGAAGGACUAGUGGACAAGGCGGCCAUUCUCCUUGCGAAGAUCAGAGCAAUGGAGAUGGCGCCAGAUGUUACUUCGUAUGGAAGCGUCAUAGACGGAUUCGCAAAGGCGGGCAGGCCUGAAGACAUCCAAGCCCUCAUGGGCGACAUGGAUGAAGACGGUGUGCCAGUGGAUGUGGUCAUGCACAACGGUAUGCUUCAGGCCCUGCUGAAAAGUGGGAGGGUCGAUGAUGCCUUUGACUGGCUAGUUUCGAUGAUGGCUCCACAGGCAGAAGCUUCAAACGGAUCGAGGAGGCGCGAAACGAGACCAAACAUAUGGUCGUAUGGUUUGGUCACGAAGGCGUUGGCAAAGCAAGGCCGCCCCGGCGCGGUGUCGUCCCUGUUGAAGACCAUGGGCGAGAUGUCGGUGGAGCCAUCAAUUCGAAUCCAUGACAGCAUCUUGCGAGGUCUCCUCUCUGCGCGAAAGCGCGCGGAGGCUUACAGGUGGCUGCGGCAAGUCGUAAGGUCCGGCCUGGAUUACGAUGCACAGUUCGUGACUCUAGCUUUGGAGGUGUGUAUGCAAAACGGGUCCUUCGCAGAGGCCUUUGCGUGGUUGAAUGGCAUGGAGGAAGCUGGCAUUGAUCCGCCUAGCGGAGGCAGAGGUGCUGUUUCCUUCUUCGUGAAAGCGGUGACGGUCUGCGCAAAGGCAGGGAAGCUUGCAGAGGGCCUCGCGUGGCUGGAGCGAGCGGGCGCCGCAGAUGUGAACUCCAUGGCAGAUGAUGAUGAGGAUGGGCGAAAGCAGCCCGGGCCGCGUGGAAUUCCUCUGCGACCAGCUUACAUUGCCCUCAUGAAGGCGUUUGCACGGGCGCGGAGUCGUCAGCAGGCCAACGACCUCCUUGUGCAAUUGGAGGCGGACGAGGGGCGCGUUGACCUCAUGGCGCGGACCACUCUCGUCGAAGAGUUUGCCAGCUGCGAUAGUCCGGAGGAUGCGCGCCAGCUCACGAAAAAGCUGGAGGAGGAUGGACAUUUGACGGUCCACGUCUUCGGCCGGGUGAUCUCUGCUUGUGCCAAGGCAGGCAAAGCCGAUGAGGCAAUCCGGUGGUUCGACAACAUGGUCACGGCCGCUAUCGAACCGGAUGCCAUCGCUUGGAACAGCAUCAUCAAUGCCUGCGCGAGGGUGGGGCGUGUCACUGAAGCAGAGAUGUGGCUCGGUGAGAUGGAUGCCUCGGGCAUCACUCCUGAUGUCAUCUCCUACACCACUGUCAUCAAUGCUUGCGCCCAGUCGGGUCGACCACAGGAGGUCGGGUACGCGUCUCUCAUCGAGUGCCCUCAGAUCGGAGCGACUCUCAGAAAUCAUGCAGAGGUCAUUUUCAAGAUCUGCGGAAGGUGCGGUCAAGCCAAAGAGGCCCAUUUGUGGGCACAUUCCGGGCUCCCGGGGCCACAAGUGCCGGAUAUCACCAGCCUUGCCAAGAAGAAGAAAUGGCGACAGGCACUGCAGCUGCUGCAUCACGCAUCUAGCAGCUGGGCCCAAGCUGACCUGGUGAGCUUCAAUGCUGCGAUCAAUGCGGCUGGCAAGUGCAAGCUUUGGGAGACAGCACUGUCAGUGCUCGCCGACAUUGACAGGGAACAUCUUCAAAAGGAUCUCUUCAGCUACAACACGUCGCUCAGUGCCAGCGCAGCCGCUGCGCAUUGGCGAUGGUCACUACAUCUCCUGCAUGAUUCCAAGGAACGACAACUCCAGAGGGACCUCAUCAGCUUUAACACCAGCAUUGAUGGUUUCCAGGGUGCUUGGAACCUAUCCUUGACAGUUCUGGCCGACAUGUCCAGCCAAACUCUGCAGCCUGAUGUCAUUACCUUCGACACAGCCAUCAGUGCCUCUGAGAAGGGGAGUUUGUGGGAUCGGGCCUUCGAUUCGCUUGGGGCACUGGAGGAUCGCAGCCUGCAGGCAGACACGAUUGGCCUGAGCGCUUCCAUAAGCACCUGUGAGGGUGAGCGAUGGGAAUCCGCGCUUGUCUUGCUCGACAAGCUCCACGCAUCAGCGCUGUGCGGAACUACGAUCACCUACAACGCGGCCGUUGGCAGCAGCAGCUCUGGCCAGCACUGGCAGACAGCUUUCGAAGUGGCGCUGGAGUUCACACGCCGCGCCGUGAGGAGAAGCCUCGUCAGCUUCAACACAAGCAUCACUGCCUGUGAGAGGGCAGCGGCCUGGACGAAGGCGUUCACCAUGUACCACAUUGUCCGAGAGACUCGCUGGAAUCCAAAUGUAAUUACAUACGGUGCUACAGCCAGCGCACUGGAGAAAGGCAGACAGUGGCAACUCGCUACAAUAGUUCUACAUCAGCUGCUCGCUAGCGGCACGCGCCCCAAUUUGAUCAACUGCAAUGCCGUGGUCAGCGCUUGCGAGAAAAGUGCAAAGUGGCAGCAUGCCUUGCUGAUUGCAUCGCAGCUCACCGACUUGCAGCUGCAGCCGCUGCUGCCGUCUUGCAACAAAGUCCUCGGCAAAGCAGUUCUUGAUCCGAUCGAGGUUGUUGCAGUGGGUAGAGUGGUCAAUGUCACUAGCUGGGAGCCCUUCCAUCGAGCUUUAGUGCGCCAGCACUUGGGUGCUCAAGGAAUGCAGCAGAAUGUUGUCACCUAUGGGGCUGCCAUGAGCGCUUGUGGAUUGCAAUUCCAAUGGAGACUGGCAUUGGGGAUGCUGCGCCGCCUUGAUGAGGCGCUUUUGGAAUCCAAUGAGAUUCUUCUGGGAGCUGCUACUGCUCACGCCGCCCCAUGGACGGACAUCAUGCACCUUUGGGAAGAUACCUUGCUUUGGCUACAGGGGCAAGUGGUAGCAAGACUGGCAACGACAAAAACCUACAACAUUGCAAUCAGCGCAUGUGGCAAAGGUGCAAGCUGGCCAGCAGCCUUGGCCUGUUUCGGAGAGCUUCUUCUGCGGGACCUGCAGCCAGAUGUGGUCACUUACAACAGCGCCAUCACUGCCUGCACACAUGGAAGUGGCUGGCCGACCUCGCUCGCUCUUCUACACGAGCUUCAAACGAGGCAGGUGACACCUGACGUCUUCACCCUCAGUGCCGCCGAGCCUGCUGGCAAAUGGGAGCUAGCAACCUGCUUUUUGCAUGACUUUUCAUCUUUGGGCGUUGAAUGGACCACACUGGUUUACAAUGCUGGCAUCUCUGUUUUUUCGAAGGCGGCCGAGUGGCAGCGUGCCAUGGACUUGUUUGCGGGGAUGGGUGAGGCAGGCCUGCGAUGCUCCGAGGUCUCCUACAACACGGCCAUCGCUGCCUGCAGUCGUGGAAAGCAAUGGUUGCUCGCUGUGGCCCUUCUCCGGCUGAUGCGGAAGCGACUGCUUCGCACGGAGACGAUCUCUUACAAUGCGGCUAUGGGAACCAUGGGGGAGGGCUUUGGAAGUUGGGAAGUAGCUUUGUGUCUCUUGGCCGAGUUGCAGGAGUGCUGGAUGAAGCCCAGCAUCGUGACAUAUGGUUCGCUAAUCAAUUCUUGCGCAAAGGACGAGCAGUGGCAGAGGGCUUUACUAUUUUUCGAAGAGGCACAGAGAAGUAACUUGCAAAUGAGCGUCAUAACCUACACUGCAGCAAUCAGUAGCUGCGAGAAAGGCUCUCAGUGGCAGCUGGCGCUUUUCUGUUUAUUCGACUGCUCUCGUAGGGACAUGAUGCCAGACAUCAUGUCGUUCAAUACCGCCAUUACAGCCUGUGGAAAUGUCGACGAUUUGCGGCGAGCCAGACUGCUGCACAUGAUUCUGAAACGUCGACAAAUAAGCGAGAAUUUGUCAACCUUCAAUGCCCUGAUUGUCUCGCACGGCAGGGCAACCCAGUGGCAGCAAGCGCUUCAAUACCUGGCAAACCUCGAGGCCCUGGAUUUCCAACCCGAUGCGGUUACAUUCAAUGCUGCGAGCGGUGCAUGUGCCAAGAGCGACAAGUGGCAGUGUGCUUUGCAACUGCUUCAGCAAGCCCAACAUGCGCUCCUUGAACCUGAUAACGUCACACAUGGCACCGAGAUCAGCGCCAUCGGCAGAGCAGGUCGCUGGCCACAAAUCCUUCUGUUGCUGGCCAGACUGGAUGCAGAAGACCAAGUUCCAGAUGUCAUCGUUUACAACGCGGCGAUCACGGCGAUUACUGCCUGCGGGGAUGCGUGGGAUGCUUGGCAGGUUUGCCUCCGGCUCCUUGCGAACCUCCAGAAGAACAAUCUCACAGCAGACGCACGGACUUUCACAAGCCUCAUCACAGCCUGUCGUGGAGCUUCUGCAUGGCAGCCUGCCCUGCACCUCCUGUCGACCCUGCGAGGAAGUGAAUGCAGUGGGACAGAUAUGUCGUACUGCUACAAUGCAGCCAUUAGCACAUGUGGCCGGGCUGACCAGUGGCAGGUGGUCAUAGACAUCCUGAGAAGCAUGGCUGAGGAUGCUCUCGAACCCGACAUCAAGGGCUACGAUCCUGCACUGGCGGCAGUCGUUAGCUCCGGUGAGCAAGACCAGGCCCUGGAGCUUUUGUGGUCCUGUGAAGCAUCGUUGCCAGCGGUGUCCUUCCUGUGGUCUCUGGCGGCAGUUGGUGUGUCGGACCCAGAGGUCAUUAACGAAGCUUGCGUGGAGGUGGCUUUGACCAGAUGUCAUGGCGAGGACUUGCCGAGGGUCCUAUGGUCGAUGGAGAUGCUGGGGGUGGAGAGCACUGCUUUCUGGAGGUGCACAAGCCAGCAGUUCCUGAAAGAACUCCACAAAGCGGGCCUCGAUGAGCUGGCAAUGACCGUGUCUGGACUCAUCUCUGCCAGCUCGGAGCCCUUUGCCGCUGACCCGAUCCAGCGACAAGCGGAGGACCAACUUAGGAUGCUCAGGCAGAACGCGCCGAGUCAACUGGCCUUCCAUCGCCUAGGCAUCUCAGCCAUGGGCAUCUUGGGCUCCUUCUCCAACACCGGGCGGUUACGACAGAGCUUCCGAACCGCUGUGUGCGAAGCUCUGAUGGAAGUCGGCCGAGAGUUUGACCAAAGCUCUCGGCAGAGCUUCCGAACUAGUGUCCCCUAUCAGCCACCUCUGGAGAAGCUUCCCACCUCGGUGGUGUGGGACUCUGUCGACCGUGCAGUCCUCUUUAAGCCACCUGGUUGGGAAGUCUACGGCGCCCACACGCAGUGGCAGCUGUCCUCCUUCGCAGCAAGCCGCUUUGGCAGCCUUCGGAUCCUGGAUGAUGCGAGUCAUAACUCUGGUUUCCUCCACCGCCUGGAUGUGCCCAGCUCAGGUCUGAUCAUGGUCGCGAAGACGUAUGCUGCAUUCUACGACUUGCAGCUCCAGCUGCACCUUGGAACUUUUGGCCGCGAGUACACGGCUUUGGUGCACGGUUGGCUGGCACCCUCUCGGAUCGCCGUGUCGACCAAGGUGCGGUCGGGCAGCAAGGGCCCAACCGUUUCCGGCGGCCGCGGCAAAUGGAGCCAAACUCGGUUUCAAUGUCUGGGCCGCAAAUGGCAUCGUGCUGGUUCUCUUGGUCACCUCCUCCUGCAGAUUGUCACUGGGCGGAAACAUCAGAUUCGGAGCCACAUGGCAUACAUUGGCCACCCAACUGUCCGGGACGGUCUCUACACAAGCAACGUGACUUUUCAAGAGGAUGCCGCACUCUGUGACCGAAACUGGCUGCACCGGCACCUGCUCAAGUUUCGAGAUCCAGAUGGAAGGCCUCAUGAGAUCCAGUCACCGCUGCCUCCGGACUUGCAGACUUCGCUCCAGUCGGUGCAUACAGUCAGGAACCCAAAACAGCCGUGCCCCUGA